AAUUUACCUUUUCUUCCAAUCUAAGCCUUCCCCAUCUCCGCCCCCUUCAACUUUUUUUUAUAGGUCAUCCCCAAAACCCCCACCUCACAUCUCUGCUCAAAACAAUGACUUCCGUUUGCAUAUCCAACUGCAUCAACGACGCCAGGGACCCCCGGGUUCCGGUUAGAGCCACCUACGUUAACCUCUACAAGUGGCCGGAGUCCGACGCGGAGUUCGUCCGGUCGGUGAGUUCUAGAAUGCAGCAGCAGCCAGGGGUGGUAAGUUUGCAUUGCAAUUACUAUUGUCACCCUAGGGUGGUGGACAGCAUCUCCUGCCGCCAGAUGUACCUCCGGAGCUACACUUUUUCGAGGAAAGAGACGGUGCCGGAGAAGACUCAGAAGUGUUUUGGAAGGGUGAAGGGGAAGGUAACGGAUCAAGGGAAGAAGAAACAAUGGAGAGGAAUGGGGCUGAGAAGGACGAAGGAAUCGUCUUGCUCUGCCUUGUUUAGGUUCUUUCAUAGGCUUCUCACUUGCUCUGCUAGUGUAGAUGUUGUCGAUCGGAAAUAAUGUUUUCUUUCUCUCUUUUUUUGGGAAUUUAAUUUGUUUUUUUAAUCUGCUUUUAUUUAUGUUUAAGAAAUGGUGUUGGGUUCUGUUUUCUUUUUCCCUUUUUUUUUUUUGUGUGUGUGUAAAAUUACAGCAUUUUCUCUGUUUCCUUAUUCUGUGUCUGAUCUUCAAAGUAUCAUUCUUCAGCAAAUUAUGGUUAAUCAAGUUCCCAGAUCAUA